AUGUCAAAAGAACAACGGCUCAAAAAGAAAGUCAUCGUAUCACUUGGAUCUACUGUACUAAAAAGGGAAUGGCCAGAGGCUUUGCGGGAUCUUGGCAUUAGAAUCAGGCCAUUUUCGUCUGGAACCAAGUAUUUAGUGGCAGCUAGUGUGACAGAUACAUACUAUAGGAGGGCCAUAGCCUUAGGCAUCUUUGUUGUCAGCGAAGAAUUCCUUGAGCAGUGCAUACAUCUUGACUCGUUGGAUGACGUUGCUGGCUUGUCGGAAUCGUGCAAACUUCCUCGUUUUGCUGGUUUAGCAAUCAGUUUCUUGGGAAUCAACGACGAAACAGUUGAAGACCUUGACAGCGUUGUACAGGAAAAUGGAGGCCAUGUUACUACAACCACAUCCAGUGCUACACACAUCAUUGUUGCACCCGAUUUGCGACCACCGGCUUCUUGCCAGGGCAAAAAUCUUGUGACAAUGGAGUGGUUCCGAGAAAGUAUGGAUCUUGGAUGGUGUGCGAAUGAAGCUUGUUUUGUACAUACCUGGAAGGAAGCAACACCUCAAAGAAGGCGAACAAACAGCAUAUUGCGGUUUCAUAAAAGGUGA